AUGAGUUCCCACGACACGUCCAACACCGAUGCCGACGGCUCGAAUAAGAAGAAGAGGAAGAAGAAUGAUGAUCAAACCACCAACGACAACAACACCAACGAUGUCCACCACUCAGACUACGACCUGUCGACUCCGAUCACUUCAACAUCUGGCCUCCGGUCGGGCCUCACUUCUUAUGGCGACGCCCAUUUCUCCCUGUUUCUGCGCAAAGUCUUCAUCAAAGCCCUGGGAUACUCGGACUCGGCACUGUCGCUGCCCAUCAUCGGGAUCAUCAACACCUACUCGUCCUUCAACCCCUGCCACUCCACUGUGCCGCAACUGAUCGAGGCCGUCAAGCGCGGCGUUCUCGCUUCAGGCGGGCUACCCGUGGACUUCCCCACGAUCAGCGUGCACGAGAGCUUUUCCAGUCCGACGAGCAUGUACCUCCGGAACCUGAUGAGUAUGGACACGGAGGAGAUGAUCAAGGCCCAGCCGGUCGACGCGGUCGUUAUGAUUGGUGGAUGCGACAAGACCGUCCCGGCUCAACUCAUGGGUGGCAUCAGCGCCAAUAAGCCUGCUUUGCCGCUGAUCACGGGCCCAAUGAUGCCUGGGUCUGUCGAGGGCGUCCGGGUGGGCGCUUGCACGGAUUGCAGGAGUUACUGGGCGAGGUACCGCGCGGGAGAUGUCGAUGUGGAAGAUAUCAUGUCAGUGAACGAGGAGCUGGCCCCGACAGGCGGCACUUGUGGGGUCAUGGGCACGGCUUCAACUAUGGCCUGUGUGACCGCUGGCUUGGGGCUGCUUGACCUGCGGGCUGGGGCGACGGCGGCUGCAGUCAGCUCGGCUCGACUGAGAGUCGCAGAACAGACUGGCCGCAAUGCCGUCGCUGUCUUGAGGAUGGAGCACAUGCGCCCGCAAGAAUUGCUUACGCGGGAGAGCUUCUUGAAUGCCAUCACAGUGCUGCAGGCCAUCGGUGGGAGCACGAAUGCUGUGGUUCACUUGAUGGCCAUCAUCAACAGACACCCUGGAGUGGCGGGCACUAUUAAUCUCAAGACGUUUGAUGAGAUUGGGAAGAAGACUCCUCUGCUGGUCGACCUCAAGCCCAGCGGCGACAACUACAUGACCGACUUCCAUAACGCCGGCGGAAUGCUGGCCGUGAUGCAUACCCUCAAGCCAUUCCUUCAUCUCUCUGCGAGGACCUAUACUGGGCAAACGCUGGGCGAGUUGCUCGACAGCACAUCAUUCAAGUCCUUCUCAUAUUCCCAACAGAUCGUCCGGCCUCUGGAUGAUCCGCUCUACCCCCGCUCCAGUCUCGUCGUACUAUACGGCAAUCUCAGUCCUAAUGGAGCCGUCAUGAAAGCUUCAGCUUCGAAGAACCGCAACCUGCUCCAGCACCGCGGAAGAGCUUGUGUGUUUGAGAACAGUGCCGACAUGGCCAAACGUAUCGACUCGCCCGAUCUUGAAGUAGACGCCGACUCGGUGCUGCUCCUCAAGAGUAUAGGUCCGGUCGGGAAUCCAGGUAUGCCCGAGGCAGGCUUGAUCCCUAUACCGCAGAAGCUGGGCAGACAAGGAGUCGCCGACAUGUUACGCAUCAGUGACGGGAGGAUGAGCGGCACUGCCGGAGGGACCAUUGUACUGCACUGUUCACCGGAGUCUGCGGAUCUGGACUCUGUGUUUGGUGUCGUCCAGUCAGGAGACACGAUUGUGUGCGACGUCGAGAACAGGAAGCUGUCCCUUGAGCUUGACGAUCACGAAAUCAGUCAAAGAAUUGCCGAACGGAAAAGGAGGGCGGAAGAUAUAUCCUCUUCGAAGACAACCCAUGGUCCAACCUCUGGCAGGAGGGAACCCUGGUUAGAGAGAGCGCAUGUACGAGGAUAUCGUGGUCUUUACGAGCGAGAAGUCAACCAGGCUCAUCUGGGUUGCGAUUUUGGAUUCCUGACCGCACAAGGGCCGACGCCCAACGAAACAUCAUCGUGA